AUGGACAAUUUCCCACGAGAAACGGCGUGGCGAGCAUACCAAUCUUUCCCCGAAAAUAUUUGCCUGUACAUUCCCUUCGGUGAUCCAUCUAGAAAACACAUAAACAUACGAAUCAUCCAGAACCCUGGUGUUGCUCGUCAGAACGAAGUGACGACCAAGAUACCAACGAAUACGCACAGUAAAGCGGCUCCGAUGGACAUCAAAUGUCUAUUCCCGGCAGCUUGUGUGGAAAAGCUUAAUUCCGUCUUGAAACAAUGGUACGAGGUACAAGAAAAUGGACCUGGAACUGUACAAUCCUAUGGGCGUGCAGAAGAGAUCCCCUCUGCAAUCCAGAGGAAAGAGUCACGUACAGCAGACAGCGCCAGCCGUGUUGAAAAGGGAUCAAUGCCCGUCAUCGUUGGGGCGGCAUGGCAUCUCCUACCAGGAGAGAAAACUCUCAGGCCAUCGUUUGAGCCCAUCGUGCUGAAGCCCGCUUCUUGUACCGCCGACGCAGAUAUAUUGACGAGCAUUGCAAGCACUGUAUCAAAUACGCUCCUUGAAGGUGUCGUUGUGAGGCUGAAGAAUUUUCUGCUGAGUAGCACGGAAAAACGUUAG